GACAAAUCUCAAAUAUGCCGGUUUCACCUUCAUCUCCUGUAUUAUGGUGAUUGUCCAGAUACCCAAAUAGCAUAUAUAAUGUGGCUUCACUGGGAGUACAAUUUAACUAAUUAUCAUGAUCUAGUCUCUCAGUUUAAUUUGCAUUUUCAUCAUUCGGCAUGCUGGAAAAAGUCGUUCCUUUUAAUAUAUGUGUUCCUUCAAUUCAAAGAAUGGAGGGUACCGUCUGAUUUUAUUCUGAAAUAUUUUGGUGAAGAGAACUGAAACUGAAUGGAAAAGGAACCACCCAAGGAUAAAAGAUGGUUUUGGCGAGGGCUGGUCCUUUUUUCUUUUGUAGCACUUGUUAUUGCUGCGGUUUUAUUCAGUUUCAGCAAAUAUUUUCAUCGUUCUGAUUCUUCAAAGGCUGAUACCCACCAAGUUGUUGACAAAUAUGCAAAUGCUCUUAUCAUUGCUAUGCAAUUCUUUGACGUUCAGAAGUCUGGAAAAUUGGUGAAUAAUAAGAUUGCUUGGAGAGGAGAUUCAGCUAUGGGAGAUGGAAGCGAAGCGAAUUUGGAUUUAACUAAAGGAAUGUUUGAUGCUGGAGAUCAUGUGAAGUUUGGAUUUCCAAUGGCAUUCACUGCAACUGUUUUAUCAUGGUCCAUUUUGGAGUAUGGCAAUAACAUGAAGUUGGUGAAUGAGCUGGAAAAUGCCCAAGAAUCCCUCAAGUGGAUCACUGAUUUCCUUAUUAAUGCCCAUCCUUCUGAUAAUGUCCUCUAUAUUCAGGUGGGUGACCCAAAGCUGGAUCACACUUGCUGGGAAAGACCUGAGGUUAUGACAGGGAAAAGGCCUCUCACACAAGUGAACGCGACGUAUCCAGGGACAGAUGUUGCAGCUGAAACUGCAGCAGCAAUGGCAGCUGCAUCUUUGGUGUUCAAGUCAAUUGACUCUGCCUACUCAAAGACUCUGCUUAAGCAUGCCCGGCAGUUAUUCACGUUUGCUGAUACUUAUAGAGGUUUAUACAGUAUCAGUAUACCCGGAGUGCAAGAAUUUUAUAAUUCUACUGGAUUUGGGGAUGAACUCUUGUGGGCAGCUGCCUGGCUUUAUCAUGCUACCAGAGACAAAUCUUACCUUAGAUACGUCGCUACAAAUGGCGAUGUGUUUGCUAAUUGGGGAAAUUCGUCUUGGUUUUCUUGGGAAAAUAAGUUGGCCGGAGUUCAGGUCCUAUUAUCAAGGGUCAAUUUCUUUGGUACAGAGGAAGAUAUUUCAACUGAGGAAAGUCUUUCGCUCCAGUUGUACAGACAAACUGCUGAGACCUUUUUGUGUGGACUGCUACCUGAAUCCCCAACGGCAACAUCUCAAAGAACACCAGAUGGCCUAGUAUGGGUUAACCAGUGGAAUCCAUUGCAGUAUUCUGUGGCCUCUUCAUUUUUGGCAGUUGUUUACAGUGAUUACAUGCUUAGCUCCCAAACAUCAAAUUUAUAUUGCAGUGGGGAGCUCUAUGAGCCAACAGAAUUGCGCAACUUUGCAGUUUCACAGUUGGACUAUAUAUUGGGAAACAAUCCGACGGAAAUGAGCUACCUUGUUGGUUAUGGAAGUAGAUAUCCUCAGCAAGUUCACCACAGGGGUGCUUCAAUUCCAGUAGAUGAUAAUUCUAAUUGCAGUGAUGGCUUCAAAUGGCUUCAUACAAGAGAACCUAAUCCAAAUGUUGCAGUGGGAGCUCUUGUUGGAGGACCAUCCCUUAGUGAUACAUAUAUGGACUUUCGGAACAACAUUUCCCAAAGUGAAACCACCACUUACAACAGUGCCCUUAUUGUUGGACUCAUCUCAGGCCUGAUCACCUCUUCAUCACAAGUAGAGUCCUUUGUGAAAAACUGAAACAUAAACUCCAGCACUGUGUUUUCCUUGUUAGGUCAGUGAAAACCGCACAUGGUUCACCAUACAAGUAAUAACGCUACAACUUAAGCGCAACUACAACUGCCGCCAGUUCCAAACGCCCUGCCUUAACCUGUCCUUACUGCGAUUCUUCACCUAGUCAAUCAGAUAGAUAUGUCCCUAUGAGCGACUCCUCUGAGAAAUGAAAGGAGUAGCCAAUAUGUAAAUUUGUAGUAAUAUUUUUCAACCAUAGAAUGACACCCUUUAGUCGUAAGGAAUUUUAUGCAAGGUCCGGCUCUUUCCUCGAUCCUCGCAUAGCGUAAGCUUAAUGCACCAGGCUGUCUUUUUUUUUUUUCCUUGCAUAUGCCCAUGUCAUCACUGCCAUGUGUAUCUAUGAGUUGGGCAUUUUCUGAUCCCAAGUGUCCUUUCGUUGGGUGUUCCUAUGUAUAUGAAGAAAAAAGAAUAAGCUCAUAGUAUUUGAAGUAGGUACUAUAUAUGAAACGCGUGUAACGUAAGGUUUUUAUCACAAUUUAUAUUAUUAAAAAGAAAUAUGGA